AUGCUACCGCGAUCCGCUGUUGCUACGUCCCUAAGUCGAUGUAUCUCGACGGCCUUCCGUGCGCCUGUGGCUACGCGUACAUUCUCUACAUCACUCCUGCGGCAAAAAAUUGAGGAGAACAUCUCUGGCGCACGCCUGCAGGAGAUGCUCCAGAAACAAGACACCAAGCCACUCUUAGUGGACUUUUACGCAGAAUGGUGCGGCCCAUGCAAGAUGCUAAGUCCGAUCCUGCAUAAACUUGCUACGACGCCGGACCUGGUGGGUGGCAAGGAGGUCGAUCUGGUGACCGUCGACGUAGACAGUCAUAUGGAGACAGCUCAGAAGUAUGGUAUUCGCGCAAUGCCGACAGUGAUCGCAUUCAAGGACGGAAAACAGGUUACGUCCUUCGUCGGCGUUCUGCCAGAAGCCCAGUUGCGUCAAUUCAUCGAAGCUCUCUGA